AUGUUGCAGAAACACGCGGUAUUUCGCGGCCUAGCAACACUUUUCCUCUUGAGGCUACAUGCAAUCCUUCCGAGCGUCGUCUGCCUUCUCCUGCUCCUCGCCGUCUCGCUUCGCUGCCCCUCGCUUGACUCCUCGCCCCUUCUUCGAGCUGGGCCGUUCACUUGGCGUUCGAGGAAUGUCCGCUCGGCGAGCACUCAGCGGGACUCUGACCCAAGCUCACAGAUCGGCGGUCUCUUCGCCCGAGUCCCGAUUAGCCCUGCUAAUCGUGGGCCCCACCUCGGGCCCGAUUAUGCCAUUGAAGGCGUCGCCUCGUGGAAGCUGAUUUCUACCAACCUGUUGGCCGCCGGUCUUGCUGUCGUCCGGCUGGCAGCAGCAGCUGAAGCAGCCUCCCCCGGAGGCGUGUCCACAAACGUGGCCGCUACCGCCAGCUCGUCUCGGUCGGCAGCCACUGGCGGCCUAACAGCCCUUAGCCAUUUCGGAGGAGACAAAAAUGCUUAUGGUGAGAGUGAAACGGAACAAACGGCUCUCUUCGAUUCGUUUAUACUCCCUUUUUUCGGCUUUAACAUUUAA